UCCGAACGGAGGUGUGCUGGUUUAUGCUGUUUUGGUAGCAUAGUUUUCCUUGACGAUUUUCCGCUGCGGAUUUUCCGUGUGGUCUGUCCGUUACAGAGAUAUUGCCUGUCCGGGAGUUGCUUUUCAGACGGUAUCGCGCGCGUAAACCGAACUCAACACUUCUUUCCGAACCGUCCGUCCGAAAGUUAUUAGAGGAAGGAAAAUUGGCGGAAUUAAGCUUUUCUCUUCUAUUGGCUGAGUUUUCGUGGUCUGGUCUGGUCUGGAUAUGGUGUGAGAUAUGCAGUUAGCUUUCGGAGCCUCCGUGCAGAACUAAAGUGCCGGGCUGUGUGUGCCGUUGGAUUCUUUCACCGAGAUAUCUGUGUCUGGUCUGGCAAUAUCUGAGGCUGAGGAAGAAGAGUGUUUUGCUGAAGAGAGGUGUUGAUUUGCCUAAAAUUACUACCUUCCACGCGAACUAGUCCGUCCUUCACGUGCCGAAGGAACCGUUUUGCCGCGUGUGGGCCAGAUACCUGGCCAAGGUGCAAAUUGGGUGAUUGAUGGCUGUCGGAAUCCCGGUCUGAAGAUCUAGUUGCGUUUGUACACACAGCAUCAAUUAGCCUAACAAUUGCACAGUGUGUUAUCGAAGGCUCGUGCCCACCCAAGAUCUUCUUGAGGAGUUUAACCCGUUUUUCCGGACGACUUCCAACCCCCAAGUGAAAGUGUAGUGUUCCGCAAGUGUCCCGGAUUCCGACGACGUGGUGACAGGUGACCGGUUUUCCCGCUGCAGUUCCAAAACCGGAAACACGAUGGGACUGCGCGUUCAACUCCUUAUUUUGAUGGUGAUGAUAGCAAGUGGUCACGCCGCCAGCGGCAAAUCCCAGACGCUGGGUGCGCCCUGUCAGCACGACAUGGAUUGCACCGACAGCAUCCGCGGCAGCUACUGCACCCUGGAGGGCUUCUGCGAGUGCUCUCCGUUCUACGUGCGGCUCAACGAGACCAAGUGCCUGCCGUCCCAACUGCUGGAGAGCGAGUGUGUCCUGUCAGAGCAGUGCUCGAUGCGUGUGGCUAACAGCGUUUGCGUCGAGAGCCGGUGCCACUGCGAGGACGGCUUCUUGCAGUUCCGAAAGCACACCUGUCUGUCACCCGCCCAGCCGGGAACGGUGUGCUACAGCCACGCGCACUGCCGCAUGUGGGACCGGGAAAGUCACUGCGACUUUCUAAUUCCGAACCUGUUCGGACGGUGCCAGUGCACGUCGCCGGCGCGCCAGGUUGGCCCGACGUGCGUGAAGGAAUCGACCACGACGCUGGAGCAGGAGCUGCCCGGGUUUGCGAAGCCUCAGCAGCAGAAACCGGAAGUGGAGCAGGUUUCGACCACCACCGAGGACGAUUCGAUUGUGGUGGAGAAUUUGGUGGUGAAAAAGGGUGACGAUGAGAAGGAACAGCAGGUUGAGGAGCAGGUCCAGGUGGAGAAGGAACCGGUCGGAGAGGAUAGUACGACCUCCAGCGCAAGCUACGACGAAGAGUACGGAACGAGCGAGGAGAAGAAUGAUUCGUAUGACGAUUCCAAGAGUACUGCUCACGUGGAGCAGUACGAAAACACCGAAAAAUAUACAGCUUUCGAACAGGAUGUCGAGAACAACUUCCAGGAAGGUCAGGAGCAUGAUACGGUUGAGACUACCGGGAGCAGUCAUCAACACGACAGUACCGACUAUGAUCAGUACUCGUCGGAAGCGGCUACCGCUAGGCCAACGGAAGAGAGCUACGAGUACGAUAGCGGAAGUCACGGCGGGGAAGAAAUCGACGAACCCCUGAAACUCCAUUCCGUUCAUCCCGUUAAUCAGGUUGAACUCAUCGAGAAGCACAACCACAUUUCCGACGAGAACCACUCGAACCUGAUUGAGGGAGAAGACGAAACUACCCCGAAGAGUGACAGCAACCUAGAAUCGUACGAAGCUACCAACGAUAGUUCCGAGGGAGAAUUAACCACGGAGUUCAACGACAUCAACCGUCGUGAGGAUGUCGUCACCGCACAAGAAGUAGAAGAUGAGGAGUCCAGCGCCGACGAUACGCAAGAAACUACCGAGAGGAUAGAAAAGGAGAACGAAAUCGAAGACGAAUCCCCCGAGCAUACCACGCCGACCAUGGUUCGAUUGGCCAGCCGGACCACGUUGAUGGAACCGGAAGCCCCAGUUUCCACGACUGUCGCUACACUUAUUGCCGAGUCGGAAACCGAAGCGCUAACCACCACCACAUCUAGUACGACAUCAUCUAGUACCACAACCACCACUAGUACUACCACUGCUUCGCCCAUUUCAAGCACAGAUAGCAGCAUCAGAGUAAAACAUCAGGGUAUUCGAACACGUGUUGAUCUUGGCGACGGGCCAAUUUCGCUCGGAUUGGCGUGCGUCAACAACCGCCAGUGCCAACUGGCCGAUCCGUACACCUACUGCAACGAGCUCGGCCGGUGCGACUGUGCCCAUUCGCAGGUGUCGCCGGACGGAAUCUGCAACGCUGCCAACACCGGUUGCUCGCCGGGAACGUUUCAGUGCCGCUCGAGCGGAAUCUGCAUCAGCUGGUUCUUCGUGUGCGACGGCCGCCCCGACUGCAGCGACGCCUCCGACGAGGAGUGCAACUUUUCGCUCAAAGCCAACAUCACCAACUGUCCGGCGCUGUCGUUCCGGUGCGAGCAGAGUGGCCGCUGCAUCUCGCGGGCCGGAAUCUGCGACGGCAAACCGCAGUGCCCCCAGGGCGAGGACGAGGUCGGGUGCGAUUUCCGGAAAAGCCGCAAGUGUCCGGAGCACACGUUCAUGUGCCGGAGUGGCGAGUGCCUGCCGGAGUACGAGUACUGCAACGCGAUCGUGUCCUGCCGGGACGGAAGUGACGAGCCGCCCCAUCUGUGCGGUUCCCGGUCGGUGCCGAACUUUUUCGUGAAGCUGCUGUCGACGCCCAACAGCCGGAGCCGGAAUUUCUGCCCGUUGCGUUGUAACCGGGGCACGUACGCCUGCCGCUCGACGCCAACCAGCCUAUCAAUUUUGUGCUCGGGACGGAUGGCUCCUGGGUGCGGUGACGGAAGUGACGUUAAUCCUGGAACCAGGCUGCUCCGUCUGCCGUGA